UUGGCCCAUCGCUGCCUGAUUUGUAUGCAGGAAAGGGAGAAGGAGACGGAGAAGCGGUGCGCACUACGUUUGUAACGAGCCACUUUCAUGAGUGGGUGGGCUUACAACCGAAGGGUUUGGCUGUGGGAACCGGCGGCGGGGACGUGGAUCCGACAGACGGGAGCUGUCCAAAAGUCUGCUGCAAACCCAUCCGCGCGGUAAAAAAAAAAAAAACCCACACACAAACACACAAACCACACGUCUGCGCCGCGACGUGGAAGGACAACAUGAAGGAGAAGAGCCUGAUUGAGACUGCAAAGAUGCAGGGCAACAUGAUGGAGCUGGUGGGCAGUAACCCUCCGCAGAGGAACUGGAAGGGAAUAGCGAUCGCCCUUCUUGUCAUUCUGGUCAUCUGCUCGCUGAUCGUCACCUCCGUCAUCCUGUUGACACCAGGUGAAGAUGAUCGUCUGGCUCUGAAGGGCAAAGUGACGGUAGGAGACCUCUUCAGAAAAGACUUCAAGGUCCACGAUCCUAACGCCAAAUGGAUAAGCAGCCACGAGCUGUUGUACCGCAACCGCGACGGCGACGUCGUCAAGUACAACGUCGACGGCAACGAGAAGACCGUCCUGGUUCAUAACAAGAAGUUUGAAAUGUACAAAGCCAGCAAGUACGAGGUGUCGCCUGACAUGAAGCAUGUGCUGCUGGCCUACAACGUCGCACCGGUGUACCAGUAUUCCUACACAGCGUUCUACAUCAUCUGCAGUCUGGAGACUCCGGAGACGUGGAACCUGAACCCUCCCGAGGUGCGGAAUGCUCAGCUGCAGUACGCGGGCUGGGGACCCCAGGGUCAGCAACUGAUCUUCAUUUUUGAGAACAACAUCUACUAUCGCUCGACAGUGGAGAGCCGCUCCAUUCGCCUGGUGUCCACUGGCAAGGAGGGAGUCAUCUUCAAUGGGCUCAGUGAUUGGCUGUAUGAAGAGGAGAUCUUCCGUUCCCAUGUCGCGCACUGGUGGGCUCCAGAUGGCGCCAGGUUAGCCUACGCCACGAUCAACGACACCCUGGUGCCCAGGAUGGAACUGCCCAUGUUCACAGGCACGCCGUACCCGAUGGGGAAGGAGUACCACUACCCGAAGGCUGGCGAGGAGAACCCAGUUAUCACUCUGUAUGUUGUGAACCUCAACGGCCCACUUCACACCAUCGAGAUGAGAAGACCCGAUGAUCCCAGGAUAGGUGAAUACUAUGUGACCAUGGUGAAAUGGGCCACCACCACCAAACUGGCCAUCAGCUGGCUGAACAGAGCGCAGAACAUCUCCAUGCUCACGCUGUGCGAAGCCACGACGGGAGUCUGCACAAAGAAACACGAGGAUGAAAGUGAAGGAUGGCUACACAGACAGAACGAACGGCCUCUGUUUUCCAAAGACGGACUCAAGCUGUUCUUCACCCGGGCCAUUCCUCAAGGAGGCAGGGGCAAGUUCUUUCACAUCUCCAUGUCCAUCUCCCAGCCCAACACCAGUACAGACACACUGCAGUCCAUCACAUCGGGAGACUGGGAUGUGACCCAAGUGCUGGCCUACAACGAGGAGAGCCAGCUGAUAUACUUCCUGAGCACAGAGGAUGGUCCAAAGCGAAGACACCUGUACAGCGCCGACACAUUCGGGUCGUUCAACCGCCGCUGCCUGUCCUGCGGUUUGUCCAACAGCUGCGGCUACAUCAGCGGCUCCUUCAGCCUCAACAUGAGCUACUUCCUGCUCGACUGUCGAGGCCCAGGCAUCCCAUUUGUCUCCGUUUACCAGACACAAGAAAGAGACGCUGAAAGUGAGACACAGGGCAGAGAAAGUGAGUAA